GUUUUCGUAGCGUCAAUACAGCUUGUUCCUCAACAGAACUGUGCAUUUCCAAUUCCCCAGAGACAAGCAUCAUCUGUCAGGUCUGUGACGGACGAGGAUUCGGAAUGUGAGCAGUUCAGAUGCAGACAACUCACAGUACGUAACAGUAGAGUAGAUCUCUUCGGCCAGGUAGGAAGAUUCUUUCAGUUUCAUUUGCUGAAUUGUCAGUUCGGGCUUGAGCUCGAGCGGACAGUUAAAUGCAUUAUCGGCAGUCCAUCUACUUAUCCAGCCUGGGUGCUGACAACAUUUCCUGUAGCUGGCAAGAAGAAUUCUCUUCACCAAUAAUUUCCCGUAUCACAUCAGUCUUAGGCGGGGUUCGUGUAGUUCUCACUUGAUGUUCAAAGCUGAAGAAAAACAAUGACAGGCAACUCGGCGACAGCAACCUAUAACGAAGAGACCACAGACCGAGAAGGCGCCGGUUUUGCACAGACUUGCCUGACACCUGGAGCCGGUGUGCUGUAUGCUCUGCUGAACACAGUUCUGGCCGCCAUCGCGUCACAGUUUAUGUCCCUGGGCAGCCAGGCAGGCAUACCUGGGCUGCAGCUGAUGUUCCUCACCAAAUUUGGGGAGACCCUCGCUGUUUUGCUCUUCCUGCCCUUCUUUAGACCAAAACUGACAACUGAAAACGGACGACAAACUCUACUCAUGGUGCUGUCGACCAUUACGGAGAACUUUGGAACUGCCUUCCAGUAUAUGUCCUUCGUCUUCGUUGUCCCUGGAAUCGCCUUCGGCAUCAUAAAAGGAUCAUUGCCUUUGGCUUCGGCCUGUCUUGGCUUUUUGUUCUUGGAGGAAACUGUGGGCGUCGUGGAUUGUUUCGGAAUCGUUCUCAACGUAGCCGGUGUUGUAGUAGUCGCAUAUGGAUUAAUUACGGAGAACACUUUGUCCACGCAGCGUCUGGUGGCGUCCAUUCUCCUUCCCUUGGCAGCAACAUUCGGUAGAGCUCCAAGUCUGGUCAUCGCACGGUCGCUCAUCGGUGUACAGAAGGUCUCCGUUCUAACCGUGCUCUUCUACGCCAACCUGCCAGGAGCGGUCGUGCUACUCGGACUGACGUACUGGUUUGAGACCCCAAUUUGGGCGAUGUCGGCACAGACGGUGGGUUAUGUUAUCGGGCUGUGCCUGUGUGUCUGCGGCUCGCAUUUUGCUACAAAACUGUCCCUGAAGACGGAAAAUGCGGGGAUCACUGCCACCAUCAAGACUUUCACCAUACCGCUCGCAGUGCUGUUGGACUACAUCGUUCUAUCGGAGUUGCCCAGUCCGCUUAAGUCUGGCGGUGUUGUACUCAUAGUGUUCGGUACCGGUGUAGUGGCGGUUUAUACAUGGUGGAGACAUCGCAAAGAAACUCUUCACAAAAAUUUCAUGCAGAGCUUGGACUUUGAUAAGUAAGUCAUCAACGCAAGUGUAUAAAACGUGUCAUUGUAUAGUUUAUGGAAUAUGGUGUGCAGGGUACAAUGUAUGGAAACAAUAACUCUCCUAGACUAAAUAAAAUCAUGACAUGUGCUCACUGGAAUUCCACGACCUCAUACCUUGUCCAAAAAUGAAGUUAAGCUUUAUAGUUACUCCCGACGAUUUAUGAAUGUUUCUCAUUGUUUAUGCAAAUAAAAUCAUCGUUCUGUAGCAUUUCCUAACCAAUUAUACAA